AUGAAGCUUUCAAUUCUAAUAUUUUUCUCUUUUCUCUGCCCGAUUCUAGCGGCCAUUGGUGUCUAUAAUGGCGGCGAAGAUAGCAGUAGUAGCUCUUCAUGGUCUUCGGAAUCCCAUGAAGGUCGAGGGGGCGGACGAGGUGGUCGAGGCGGCCACGGCCACGGUAAUGGUGGGGGUCGACCACGUCCCCAACGACCACCAGCACGUCCACGACCGCCAAGAGAGAAGACCAACUGCCCGGCAGACUGGAUGCUAUUCAAACGAUCUCAAGGCAAUUGGUGUGUUAAGGUUUUUGUUGGUCGAUUGAACCAACCCCAAGCCGAAGCACAAUGUGUUGUUCAAGGAGCAGUGUUAUCUGGAUUGCAGACGGAUGAGGAGAGGGUGAAAGUGGCAGAAAUGGCUACAAAAUUGGUCCAUCAAAAUGGGUUCGAUCAGGCAUCUGUUUGGAUUGGUGCCAAAAGAAAGGCAGCAUGUCCACGCGUUAAUGUUUGUCCCGCAAAAGACACCUUCGAAUGGACUGAUGGACAAACAACGGGAACCGAUGGAUUCGGAUGGUCGCUGGGACAACCAGAUGGCGUUUGGAGCAAUGUGUGGGGACAUCAAAGCUGCUGCCAUCAAUUUGUAUUCGCCAGCGGAUCUACUAGUCCAACAUGGCCAGGAAUAUUCCACGGGCAGUUAGAUGAUCAACAUUGUUUGGAACAAUGGAAUGGUUCCAACAACAAAAUGUACGCUUGUGGAAAAUUGGCAACUUAA